GACGUCGUGCUUUACAUCUCUCUCUCUCUAUAUAAACGGGAUUUGCACAUUUCAAUGCUUUGAUAUACAGACAAGAACCGUAUAAUCCGCCAUUAUCAUGAAAUAUACAGUUUUUCUAAUUUACUUUACUGUGUAGUGUUCUUUGCAGAUUCUCCCACAUUCCCAGCAAAAGAUAAAAACCCAUUUCAACAUCACUCUUGACAACAUAACCCACAAGAUCCUUUAUCUUCUUUGUCUCUCUCUCUAUAUAUAUUAUGAGAUAUAGUUGAUGGGUACUUGUCUUUGUUUUACCCGUCGAGGAUAUCUUGGCUGAAUCGUUUAACUUAAAAUCCUCCGUCUUUGCUAAUCUGUUCUGCUAUCAUCAAAUCCAUGGAUUCGGAGUUCAAUCAUGGAUCAAACUUUCAAGAGAUCAAGAAGAGAAGGUGGGAAACAUUCAUUUUAUCAUUUCAAAGCUUGGGAAUAGUUUAUGGUCGAUUGAGCACAGCUCCUUUAUAUGUAUUUGGAACAAUUCAAGCAUCUGAUGUUAGAUCUCGCGAAACAGUUUAUGAACUCUUCUCUUUUAUCUUCUGGACUCUAACUGUAAUUCCUUUACUGAAGUAUGCGUUCAUUGUAAUGAUGGCUGAUGAUAAUGGGGAGGGUGGAGUAUUCGCAUUGUAUUCGUUAUUGUGUAGGCAUGCUAAAGUAGGAUUAGUUCCAAAUGAAAGUGUGAAUGAUCUUUCUCGAGAUGUUGACGAAAGGAGCAACAACAGUCAUGUAGAAGAGGAGAAAGUGGAUUCUAGGGCUAAAAGAACAAUUGAGAAGUACAAAAGUAGCCAUUAUUUGAUCUUGUUCUUGGCAUUGUUUGGUUCUUGCAUGACAAUUGCUGAUGGAGUUCUCACUCCGGCCUUAUCUGUGUUUUCGGCCGCUUUGGGAAUCGGGCGAUCUGUAGCAGAGAUACCAUAUCAUUAUUCAUCAUCUAUUGAAAGAGCAGACUCCAUCAAAAAGGAAAUAGAUAGAUAUGUACCAGUUUCUGUUGCAUGUGCUAUACUGAUUUGCCUCUUUACGCUUCAGCACUAUGGGACACAUAAAGUAGGGUUUUUAUUUGCUCCGGUUGUGACAAUAUGGCUCUUACUUGUUAGUGUUUUGGGUCUAUACAAUAUUGUGCAUUAUGAUCCUAAAAUCAUCUCUGCCAUCUCCCCACUCUACUUGAUCAACUUUCUCAAGAAAAUUCACAUGAGAUCUUGGGGAUUGCUCGGCAGUAUACUUCUUUGCGUAGCAGGAUCCGAAGCUAUGUUUGCUGAUUUGGGUCAUUUCUCAAAGAAUUCUAUCAAGAUUACUUUUGUCAGCUUCGUUUAUCCUGCUCUUUUUCUGUGCUAUGCUGGGCAAGCGGCAUUUAUCUCGAAGCACUUGGGCAUUUCUGAUGAUAUUGUUCAUAUCAGUGAGUCAGUGUCCAAUAGAGCUAUCCGUCAUGUAUUUCGAGUAAUAUCCCUAUUCUCUUCAGCUGUUGGAAGUCAAGCGACGAUUACAGCCACAUUCUCGGUUAUACAUCAGUGCCUAGCACUCGGUUGCUUUCCGAGAGUAAAAGUUGUUCAUACUUCGGAUAAGAUACAUGGCCAGGUCUAUGUUCCUGAUGUUAACUGGAUCCUGAUGAUACUAAGCAUUGCUGUGACAAUCGGUUUCCACAAAAUCCAAGUUAUAGGGUGUGCAACAGGGUUGGCUAUAAUAUCUGCAAUGCUAGCAACAACAUGUCUGAUGUCACUGGUGAUUUUUUUUUACUGGGAAAAGAGUUUCUACACAACGGCUUGCUUCUUUCUCUUCUUCGGUUCAAUCGAGUUCAUGUUUUUGUGGGCUAGUUUCUCGAAUUUUCAGAAAGGUGCAUGGUUUCUAGUUGUGCUUUCUGCUGUUCUAAUGACGAUCAUGAUCUCUUGGCAUUAUGGUACCUUAAAGAAAUACGAGUUCGAUUUAGAAAAUAAAGUGUCUUUGGAUUGGCUAACGGCUCUCACUACCGGUCUUGGGGUUUCAAGAGUACCUGGGAUCGGGUUCAUUUACACAGAUAUCUUGACUGGAAUUCCGGCUUUCUUUUCUCAUUUCAUCACAAAUCUGCCAGCAUUUCAUCAAGUCCUCAUCUUCAUGUCGUUUAAGUCGUUGCCAGUUCCUUGUAUACCUCCGAGCAGACGGUUUCUAAUAGGUAGGGUCGGUUCAAAGGAAAAUAGAGUAUACCGAUGUAUUGUAAGGUACGGUUAUUGUGAUCAGAUAAGGGAUACCGAUGAUUUCGAGGAACGUAUUAUUCGUUGCAUUGGAGAGUUUAUCUCGAAGGAGGUAACUGACGUUGAGGAUUUGUCUUCUCCAGAGGGGAGGAUGAUGGUUUUCGGGAAUUCAACAGAAGAUAAUGAGAACGCUUUAAUCUCGGUGGACGAGAUCACUGAGGAUCUUAGUCCUAUGAGCUUGACUACCACCAAUUCGGAUACUAGGAGAAGUCCCUUUAACGAAAACAAUGAUUUGAUCAUGGCUGCUGGUAGUCCUACCGGUGCAAUGAGGAGGAGAAAGGUUCGUUUUAUGUUGCCUCCUGUGAGCCCGAAAAUCAGUGGGGCGGUUAGGGAGGAGCUGCAGCAUCUGGUGGAUGCUCGAGAGAGUGGGACGGCGUAUUUUAUGGGACAGUCGCAUCUUUCGACUCGAAACGGGUCGGGAUUGUUGAAGAAAUGUUUGGUGAAGAUAUUUGCAUUUCUUGAUAAGAAUUGCAGGGAGAAACCGGUGGCUUUGAACAUUCCUCAUGCUGCUCUUGUUGAAGUUGGUAUGGUAUAUAAUAUAUGAAAACAAAUAUUUUGACAACUAUUGUAUGGAAAACUCAUCAACUUAAACUCCAAUAUAAGACUAUUUUUACUUUGAUUACCCAUCGAGGCACUUCAUAAUUUUUUUAAUAGACA